CCUGGGAGCCAAUCGCAAGGGCCCCUAUGAGGCGGCAGUACCUUGCCGCGCUCCCCGCCCCUGCACACUUGGGGCCGUUCGGCCGCGACGCAGCUGCCUAUAAGAGCAAGCCUCUUUCGGCUUUCCAGUCUGUCCCCCGUCCUUUGGAACGUGGCAAACGUGGAAGCCGAGAGGGCUCUCGCGAGCGUUGGCGGACUCUGCUCGAUGGGGAUGGGCCUGGGCGCGGUGCGGGGUGGGCGGACACGUGGGCCGCCCCGGAGCUGAGUGCGCCGCCUCUGGGCUUUUCACUGGGGAUUUUGUCGCCUUUCCCUGUACUUGGAAAGGAAGGCGUGCAAUCUCGCUUCUUGCGAAAGCGAUCCCUGUUUUUUACCCUGAUUAAUACUAAUAGACGUUUCUGAAAUGGUGAUAUUAGGACUAGUUCAAUGCUUAAACCAUGGUAAAUUAAUCCAUUUGGUGCUAAAGCAGGAAUUUACUUCGUUUGCGCCAUCACUAUUUUCAGAGACUCUUAGUUAAGGAAUGAAAAUGCAAAUACGACACAACAAAAGUUCAUUUUCUUAUCCUGGAUGGCACCCUCUAUCUGAAAUCUGCCCGCUUUGCUAACGCCUAGGCCUGUGCUGCCUCAGAUUC